CUCGCGUUCGGGUGGUAUAUCGUGUGGGCGAGGGAGGUGCUCCGAGGUGCUCCGCUUUACGCUGGCGAUGUCCCGUCUCGUCGUCGUCAUUCAACCGCCGCGAGAAGUGACAGCGUGACGGCGCGUUUCCCCGUUUUCCUUUACCUCGGCGUUUCUUUCCUUCUCUCCUCUCUCUCUGUCUCUCUCUCUCUCUCUCUCUCUCUCCUCCUUCCGUUGUGCUCUCCGUCGGAAAAUCGGAUGGUUCGCCGUAAAACGUGAUCGCCGGUCAUCGCCGUACAGUGACUGAAAGACCAUCAUCCCCGGUGGUCCGCGCGACCGCGACGUAGCGGCGAUUCGCUCGGCAGAUUGUCACUCGGGGCUGCAGCGACGCGUCCUUCCCCUCCUCCACGUUCUCCUCCACCUUCACUUCCUCCUCGUCGGCUACGUCGCCUCGGAUUACAUCAUGACAGGCACGAUACCACCGAAGGCAGCGUAAUGCCGAGGGAAUCCUGUCCCGGGUUGCUGUUGACCCUGGUGUCGAUAUUCGUCGGCCUGUGCGAGUCCUCUGCGGCAUCCGGCGCCCAGCAGCAGCCGCAGCCGCAGCCGCAGCAGCAGCCGCAGCCGCAGACGCAGCAGCAACAUUCGGUCUGCAAGCCCGGCCUGGAGUUCUGGUCCACCGAACGCGCCUCGUGCUGGCCGUGCACCCGAUGCGCCCCCGAGUUCACCCUGAGCCCGUGCGCGAUUCACAGGGACGCGACAUGUGGCCCGCUGUCGGCGCUCGAGCUCGACUGGUCUUUCCUGUCGUCGACGGCCCGGAGGAAGUCCUCGCGCGCCGGCGAUGACGACGGGACCGUCACCCCGAACGCGUUUCUCUCCGAGGAGAGGACGAAAGAACGGCCCGUGGAAGCCGGUAAUCUCGGUCGCUGGGCCGACGGAGGCUUGGACGACAAGGAGCCGGUCUCCGCCUCGCAGGAAUCGAAAACGGCGCACGAUCCUCGGGAGAGGAGAAAAUCGGCCGACGAGGACAAUCUACCGUGGGACUGGCAGACCGGCGCUCUGGUCCUUGCGGUGUGCGCCUGCAUAGUAUUCUUCCUGGUAGCGGGAUGCUCGGCCCUCGUCUACGCGAGACAGUGGCGGCGGAUGAAGCGGAACUUCGAGCCUGCGGGUCUCGAGGAGAUCUCGGCCAGGUUGAACCUGAUGGUGAAGGCGGAACUGGCCGAGUUGGUUGCAGGGGCACCGAUGAACCCAGGUGAUCCCGAGACCCGAUGUCAGUAUCUCGAGAAGCUUUUAGACCGGAAACGGGAGACUCCGGCGGCGGUGGCAGCGGCGGCGGCGACGACGACGACGACGGCGACGGCGGCGAUGGCGGCAGCGGCGGCGGCGGCGGCAGCGGCGGCUGGCUGGCCGGAGGCGGCGGCCGGCAACUUGUACAUCGAGGAGGGGGGCCCGACGACGCCUAAGAGCAGCAAGCGAUCGCAAUCGCAGAUUGCGCGGAUUCAGCGUAAUAUCGAGACCAUUCUCAGUCACAAGACGAGCCAGAGCGCCGAUUGA